CGAGUUCCCAAGCAUGAAGCGUGCUUCCCUCUUCAUUCAGUCAUUAAUUCGCUCUCAAUUUGAAUUUCUUUCUCAUUCUCACUCUCACGGUCUGAAAUUGAAAAGGUUACAACUACUAUCUUCACCACCCAACACAAAUUAUUCGGACAAGGUUGGGAUAGUUGAUGACAUUUUGGGUCAUGGUUCGUCGCCGCCGCAUGCUCGCCGCCGUUCCCACGCAUCUCGCAGGAUCCUCGGCGUUGUGUGCUCGCGUCUGGCCUCCCUCCUCCUUCUGAGCUCGGCUGCUCGCGCCUCUCUCGCCUCCGCAUCUCGGCGUCACAUUCUUCUCUGCCCAUUGGAAGACCACCGAAGUUCCUAUAUUUUUCUUGGAAGUAAUGGAACUGUCUUCUGGAAUUUGGAAGCUGCUUUCCGUGUCAAAACCAACAAAUCUACACCUUUUAACCUGAAUUCGAUGCCUUAUCACUGUUAUCAAGAUGUUUCCAACCUGCAAUGCUAUCAGAGUGACUUUUCCAAGCUAGAAGAAUUGACUCGGGUUCUGGCAAAUGUGGAUGCAAUUAAUGGAAAACUUGUUGACACAAUUAGUAAUUCAACCAUUUUUGAUGAGCAGAUUAAUCAUGAUAUGUGUACCUUCAAGUCUUUUGUCCGGGCCUUUAUUGGAUCUCCACCAGUUCAGCACAAAAUGAAACAGGUUCUGGUCUCCACCAUGGGAACACAAAAUGAACCAUUUUCUCCUUUCAGUCAAGCAAGAGAAAGAGAACCUAUAGUGAUUGAUAACCUUGCCAAAGUGAGCAACUUUCUUGAUGUUUCUACUCAACAAAGGAAGGUAGUUCGUUUCAAAGUGUGUCCACAGGCAACCCAGCACCGCAUAUUGAUUGGUACACUCAAGGAAGUUCUGAAUAAUUUUAAAGUUGAUUUGGAUGCUUUGGAUUCUCAGGGCUUUGACAAAGAUACUAUAAUGGGUCAGCAAAUUGUUCUUACCUGCCUGAAGUUUCUCAUUGAAGCUGCUGUUUCCAAUGAACCUGAAUCCACUUCAUGGAUGAGGCUUUCACCUUCAAAAAAUGUCAACACCUCUGGUUCCCAGAAAUGGGAAGAUGUUCUUGAGAUGUUCAAUGAUCUGAUCGAGUAUUUUAGAGCCGAAACAAGAUUAAAGUUGCAUGUGGCUAAGGCUGAAGUCAUGAGAGAAGGGCUUUUGCAAAUCAAGGACAUUUUGAUUGACAACAGUAUUGGAUACGAGGAAGCUAGAUACCAAGAACGCCUGGUGCAAAAGAAGCUUUCCAAAACAUUGGGACACUCAUCUCGCUGCUUAUUCACGCUAUUAUUAUAUUACCUCUUUGGAAGAGUCUCAGAUAUUGAAGUAGACAUAGCUGGGGGAGUUUACCAGAGUGGAAGUGACAAUAAGAACUGGUUGUGUAUGGGAAGAAUUUUGACUUCAGAUAGUGAGAAGAUGAUUGGGCGUGGUGUGAAGCAGUUGGAUAGAGCACUUAGCCUUUUCAAGUUUGUAUGGGAAACUGCUGAAAUGAAAGGUCAUUUGGACCUUCAAGGUCAUUUGUGGUGUGUUGGAGAACACAAUAGGGUUCUUAGGUACAGAAGAAAUACAUACUUUUUCAUGGCAUUUGCCUUUAAUCUUGGAAACUCAUAUGCAGUUGUUUUCAUGUGAAUUUGAUAGUUAAAAAUCGUUAAAUAACAAUUUAGUCAUGCAUGUCAAAUCAUCUAACGAUUCUUAACUAUUAAUGUCGCAUGAAGACAAACUGUAUGUGAGUAUUUUUACAAAAUCAUUCAACCUCUAUUCUAUGAUUUUUAUUCUUUCCAUAGCUUUUGUUCUCACAAACAAAUGUUCAAUUGCAAAUGAUCUUGUGUAUGUGCCCAUUUUCAUAUGAAUAAUUUAGUCUAUUAGAUUUUGGAACAGUAUCUAAAUGAAGAAUGGAGGAUGCUGAUGUAGGAUACGAAAUUUUUCACUUGCCCUUAAUUGCUACCAAUCAUACAAAUGCGCCUUCCACAAAUUCUA